GUGGAAAGCAGUGGAUUCCAAGGCUAGCUGCAGGAAAACGAUUGCCAUGGAAACGAGAACGCGGCGGCUUGCGCGUUCUCUAGGCUUCUGGAACCGCAGCAGCAAGCCUGGGAUAAGUUGGGGUCUUUCCGGAGCUUGGUGAUCAUCACGAUGAACAAGAUGACAAAGAAGGAAUCGCGCAUCAGUAGAACGCCCCCCGAAAAAAAAAGAAUCAAACCAUUUGAACAGCCUUCUUCACCACUCCAAGAAGAGCCAGAACCUGUGAGCUGUGUACUGCAAGGAGACGAAAUCCAGGCUCUUGCGAUAAAGCCAGAAGAUUUGGCAAAGCUUCGGGCUGGAAAACCUCCUCAAGAAGAGAAAGAGAAACCUGUUGUUAUCAAGAAGUACCUUGUACGCAAAUCUAGGCCACAAGAAAUUGGGAAAAAAACUAAUUUGCUGGUUGCUUAUCCAGCUCUCCCAGAUGAAUCAAAGAAAACACUGAAUUAUUCUGGUGUAGAAGGACCAGUAGUUGAUACGUUUGGAUAUAUCACCCCAUAUAGCAUUUUAGGAACUCUCCAGGAAUUCAAGAAAGAAGCCAUAAAAAAAGGUCACUCUCAGAUAGUGCGAAUGAUUCCUGAGGAAUCACAGCUUUCUUGUGCAAUCUCAGUUUUUGGAAUUUACGGAAAGAAACCUGAGGAAGAAAAGAAAGUAGCCCAGGGCUCUCCCUCUCAACAUCGGGCUCUUCAGAACUGGCAGCGCAACAUGGCUCUCAGGAGGAAGCAACAAAAAAGGCUACGUGAAUGUCUUAAGAAACCAGAAAGUCAGUUGCUGAUGAACUUUUCAGAACAUUACAGGAGAAUCCAGGAACAGCGAACUUUAAUUGAUCGUAGUAUUCCAGCUAUGUAUUCUGGAAAGGGCUAUUCAGGGAAUGAGUUCUGGAAUCAGCCUGUGCAUGUUGGGGAUGAAACCAAGGGUCUAACCACAACGUUGGGUCAGACAGAUCUGGGAUUUCCAGAAGAGAUCACUCAUGUUGGGAAACCACAUAGCAUCUGGAGAGAAAUGGGUACCAGUCCACCAAAAUACCUCCCUUUUCAUCGUCCCUGGGAAAAAAGUCUCUUCCUGCAGCAUCGGAGAAAUGAGUUAAAGGAGGUUUUAGAAACACUGGAUUUUUAUAGCCCGGAUCUGGAUGGGCUGGAAGUCAUAGGCAGAAACCAACCUUUCACCAAUGUGUCAGCAGACAGUUUUUCAGCUUGUGAUGAUGAUGACAAUAAAGAAUCUGAAGAAACAGCCUCGGACAUAUUGGAUGAGUAUCCAGAUAUAUUUUCAGAACCAAUACUUGGUCCCUCUCUGAAGUUCUGUGGACAACCAGCUCGUUGGAUCAAUACUUCUCAUGCGGGUGAAGUUGGCAUUGCAGCCAGGGUCACCUUUGAAAUUCUUGUAGGUGAUAAAGCUGAAUCUCGCCUCACAGUGAGCAAUGAUGGCACAACAGCCAUCUGGUAUGACUGGCGGAGGCUCCCUCCACCUUUUACUUUUCAGGAGAAAAAAAAAAGAGGAAUACAGAAUUUUUACUUUAAUACUAGAUCAGGUGUUAUCCUACCUGGAGAAACCAUACAUUUUUCCUUCAUCUUUAAAUCAUUGAGUGCAGGCAUUUUCAAUGAGUCCUGGGAGUUUAGUACUCAUCCUGAGUUAUUAGGAGGAGCUAUGCUACAAGUGACUCUUUGGGGAAUUGCACUCUAUGAAGAUACUACAGUUAAACUCAGGGAGGAUCUGGAGAAAGACUUAGAGGCUCGAGAAAUUGCUGUCAUAAUAGAAGAAAAUCUAGAAGAGCUACUUAAUCGGAUUCGAACACCCACACGAGUAAGAUCCCCAGUUGAUGCUUAUGUCACUGAAGAAGAAUUAUUUCACAGAAAGAAUCCAGAGCUGCAUUACAAUCACCAAGUUGUAAAGGGGCUUCAUGAAUUGUGGAACAGAAUUAUGAAUCCUCAACCUGUAGAAGUGUAUGUGGAGGAAGGACAGAGAAAAAGCACGGUCAGUGAAAUUUCUCCACCCAAGAGUAGUGCAGACUCUCAGAAGAGUCCUGAGGAUAUCCGUAAGAGUCUUUCCUCGCCUACUUCCAUAGCAAAGACCCUUGGGUUGGAAGAACUGGUAGAUGAACUGAGUAAGACUGACAUAGAAGAAGUGGCCCAAGUAGAGGAGGCACCUCGUGUGGAAUGGAACCUUUCGGUUGCUGAUUUUAGGCAGACGUUGCUGACAGUCCCUGAAGAAGAAGAACGGGAAGUUGCCCUAGCUCAGCUCAAUAAAGCAGCAUUGGAACUUUGUAUUACUCCCCUGACAACUCAGGAAGAUCUCUUCUACCAGAUAUGUUUCCAGUUGUGGAGGGAAGUAAUUGAUGGGCUGGUGAACUGCUCGUUAGUGCUCAGGUCUCUGCUUGGUAUGCCCGAGAAAGACACUUAUGUUGAAACUGCUCCAGAAGAACUAGCUGAUGUAAAAUCAGCUGUUGCAAAGGCUGUCAAAGAAGAUCGAAAAGUUCAGAAAGAAGAUAAGAAAGCUGCUUCGAAGGAAAAGGAAAAAGGAAAGGCAACCAAAGAGCAAGAACGGACAAAUAGCAGAAAAGGCAAGGGAAAGGAAGAGAAGAAAGUAAGGACUCUCACGAAGGAAACAAAGGAUGCGAUCUCUUUUUCAAUUGAAUCUUCAGAAGCAGAACUACAGUUACGCAGAGAACAAAUCGAUCCAAUUGUGCAGGAAAAAUACCGUGAAAAACUCUAUGUUGAAGUUUAUGGACUGCUGAAUUCAAUGGUGAACAAAAUGGUUUUCCUCUUUGAGACGGUAAAGAAGAAUGCUCUAGGAAAGGGGAGUUAAGGGUGCAAAGGGAGAGGAGAGACUAUGAGUUAUGGUUUUUGUUGUAUUCUAGUUUAUGAUUGUUAGACUUUAUACCCUGUAUUUUGU